AUGGCGCUCGCCUGUCCGUCCUCCGUGUCCUUUAAGUCCUUCCAAGGGCUCAAGGCCAGUCCUGCUGUCUCGUCCCAAGCCCGCAUUAGUCGCUCCAAUGUAGCUUUCCCGAACGCCGCGUCUAAGCGUCUGGUAGCCGUCGCGGCCGUCGCAGAGGCACCAGCAGCUGCCGGCCCGGCAGUUCUGCCCGUCCUGACGAUGGACGGCGCGAACUCCGGCAAGACGGCAGAGCUGAACCUGCGGACUGCACGGCCGGAGACGGCAAAAGCCGUUGUCCACCGCGCCGUGGUCACCUACAUGCAGAACAAGCGCGCGGGUACCGCGAGCACGAAGACCCGCGCGGAGGUGCGGGGAGGCGGGCGGAAGCCGAUGAAGCAGAAGGGAACCGGCAGCGCGCGCCGGGGAUCUCAGCGAACGCCGCUGCGCCCCGGUGGUGGUGUGGUGUUCGGGCCUAAACCCAAGGACUGGACUAUUAAGAUCAACAAGAAGGAGAAGCUGCUCGCCGUGGGGACCGCUCUGCAGAACGCGGCGACCGCGAAUGGCGGCGCGAGCUUCAUCGUGAUCGAGGACGUCCACGACAAGGUCGCGGCGCCUAAGACUAAGGACUUCGUCGCGGCGCUCGCGCGGUGGGGCGUGGAUUACAAGAAGGACCACGCGCUGCUGCUUACCGGCGAAGCUUCGGAGAACCUGCUGCUGUCGACGCGGAACAUCGAGAAUCUGAAGGUGGUGACGCCGAACGCGCUGAACAUCUACGACGUGCUGCGCGCCGAUAAGCUGCUGGUGACGGAGUCCGGGCUUGAGUACCUUAACCAACGAUUCGGCGAUGACAUUCUGUUCGUAGAUGGCGAGGAUGAGGAAGAGGGAGAGGAGGCUGCCUUCCCCUCCACUCCUCACACCUCCUGCCUCCGCUUCCCUCACGCCUCCUGCCUCCUCACGUCUCUUCCCCCUCUUUUCACAUGCGUGCCAUUUCUUCCCUCUCCCUCCUCCCCUGCUUCCAUCCAUGCCCCCUCUCCUCGCUUCUUGCCAACUCUUUCCCUCCUGCCGACUCCACCUCGCUUGCCCCAUUUUGGACCUUUGCCCUCUGGCAAGUUCAUUCCCUCCCCUCCCAAUUCCCUGCCGUGCUUUUUUCCUUCCACUCAUUGCCAAAUCCAUUCUACCUUCUGCCGCCUGACAUGCGCGUUCAUCUUGAGGGAAACGAACGCAGCGGUAGGAGAAGGCAGCAGCAAAUCCGCCAUGGCUGCUCCAUCCACGAGCACCCCAGUGGCUCUUCGCAGCAAGGGAAACGCCUUCUACGCCAGUGCUUUCACCGACGGCAUCGACCCGCUCCUGAAGCGCAGCCGCCUCAACAUCGCCCUCUCCAAGUAUCGAGAGGCGCUGCGCCGCCACGUGGCAGAAUCUCAGCCGUCCGCGGAUGAGCUGUCUUCGUUGUGGAAGAACGUAGCUAUGGUUUCAUCUGCCCUGGCAGCUUGCCAUGCAGAUGCUUAUAAGGCGUACAAGCCCCCUGUGAUAGACGCUGCUGCAUCGGAACGGGUCAUGGUGAGAGCCAUGCGCCGAGCCAUGGAGGAAAGGGAGUGGGACUAUAAGCAAAUCGAGGAGCACUAUAAGGAGGCUGUCAAGGCGUUCUGCCUGGCCCUUCUUUUUGGCAGUUGCGAGGCACGGAAUAGGGCGGCAAAGGGUGGCAGCAACCGUCCAGCUCGCAGCACUCCAGCCAAACCGGAGGAGUGGCAGCAGAAGGUUCUGGGAUCUUUCACCGAUGUGAUCUCCCAGAUCAGGGCGUUUGCCCGCGUUGCUAGUAGCAGCACGGGGGGCAGGGCAGGGGGCAUUUGCACAUCUGCAGCAGGUGCCGGUGUGAGGGACAAUGGAGAGCGGUUGCUGUGGGUGGUAAUGGGUGCGUUUGGUGAGAUGCGCGCACGGGACAGCUGGAAGCAGCACUUUGGUGAUAAGGACGCUAACAAAGUUGAUUGGACAGCAACCUCCACACGCCACGUGGAGGCCUUUGCAGCCUUCCACGUGGCGUUCUCUCAGUUCCUCCUGCACAAGGGCCAAUCACUGCUCACCAUCAACCUCGCGCGCUGCUCGCACUCCCCCCAGCCAACCACGGCGGCCGGGAUCACGGCGGGGGUUAACGGUAUCAAUCUGGGAGCUGGAGGGAAGAAGCCGACGCAGCUGGAGGUGCAGAGGGAGAGUGCGCGGUGCUUUGCCGAGUGUGAGCGCCCGCUGCGGCUGCUGGAUGAUGCUCUGCUCACGCUUGAGAGAAACGUGGCGGGCAGGUCGUGUGGUAACCAGUCGGUAACACAAGCCACCCUCUCUGCCCUGCGGAUUCAAGUCAAGGAACUGCAAACUGCUUGCUUUACCGGCAGCUGUCUGUGUGAUUCAGUCGAAACUAUUGUCCGCGCAAUGGCCCUCUUUGCACGAGCAACAGCAGCAGAAAAAGCAGAUGGGGGCAGCACGGAUGGGGGUAGUCCGGGCGACAGUGCUGCCAAUGUGGAGCUUCUAUGGGCGGCAGUGGAUGGGUUUAAGGAGGCUGUGGUGCUGACGAGGGAGCACCAUGUGGACAUGGAGGCGUAUGCGCUGAGCUGGCUGGGGCUUGUGUAUGAUGUGGCACUGCAGAUGGACGACAUUGGUCAUCGCUACCACCAACGGGCUGUGCAGUUCGUACUCUCUUUACAGCUCGUGCUCUCCACAGUGCAAUCCCGCCCCUUCCUCGCUCGCUCCACCUGGUACUUUGCCUUUCUCGUCCUCUCGGCCACGCAAUCCCACCCCAAGCUCGCUCUUUCCACCUGGUACUCUGCCUCGGUAAAAGCCAUUGACCGCCACCAGGCCAAGGUGAGGCGGCAGGAGGAGCAGCAGCGCGAGCAGGAGCGCGGACCUCUGCUGGCAAAGAUGAAACCGGAGCUUGAAACCCUCUCCAAGAUGAGUGAGAGCGGGUGGAAGCAGCUUCUGACUCACAUCUACAGCAAGUACCCGCCUAAGAGCGGGAACGGGAAUUUGACGUGUCCUUCGUUGAACGCGGAUGAUGCAAAGGCGUCGCUGCGAACAGCCAUUCUGCAUUACCACCCGGAUAAGAACGGUGAGCAUGGCGACAGGUGGAAGAUCCUGUGUGAGGAGAUCACCAAGUGUCUCAACGCCAAGUAUCUCAGCUUCAAGUAG